AUGACAGAAGUAUCACGACAGCAACGAUUGGAUAUCAAGGUACUUACUUCCGAAUACCUCAGCAGUGCACAAACCGCCAUGGAUGCUGCCAAACAAAAGGCCAGACACAUGGUAAGCUCUGCACGAGACUUGAUUCCCAACGUUUCGCUUCCUCAAGUAGACGCUCUAUCCACGGUCAUGUUCAGUCCACUCGCGGCACAUCCUGUCUAUCGCUCAGAAAAGAUGAUGAAGGCCAUGCAAAUGAUGCAACAACAACAACAACAACGAACAUCAUCGUCGUCUGGAACAACAACAGCCAUCGCCCCGCGUUCUGAUCUUAUAUUACACGGUAGGGCCUAUGCAUGGCCGUCGAGCGCAGCAUUACUGGAAGAAGAGAUACCCGAAUCAAAUACGCCGCCAGUGACCUUAUUUCAAGGGUUUGCCGCAACCUAUCCGUCUUUGGCAAAGAGAUCAAAAAAAAAAUCGAGACAGAGAAAAAAGAAAACUGCCUCGGAGACUUCGAGUGUACAGAGCGAGAGUAAAAGGGAAGAAGAAGAAGCUCCGAGAACAGUGAAUCAGAUCAUUUCUCAGAGAGAAAGAAAAGUAAGAGAGUCAGAUAGAAUUAGUAUGCAAAAGUCUUCAAUUGUGAACGAGAUCGAACAGCUAGAUUUACAAAUUAAUGAAUUACUGACAAAACGUAAGGCAUUAGAGCAGCGAUGGGAGGAGUUGGAAUUGAAAGAUACACAGCUUAGACUGAUAAUUGAAGAACUAGACGAAGCUAUUGUAGAUAUAGAAGUAGGAGGAGAUGGUAGACUGCCACUAACAAAGAAAGCAGAGCCUGAUGAAGAAAUAGACUCGCCUAUAGAGCUCUAUCGUCGACUAUUUACGGUGUUUAAGCACGAAGAUGAUGACACAGAUUAUUUAGAAUCCAUGUAA